CGCAUGACCUUCUGAAAGACCAACCAACCGCAAGUGCGCGCGCGCGGAGCUCAGACAUGCCGAACUAGGAGAGCCCUCCAAAUCUAUAGGCGCAUUAUUGUAGGCACGAAAACAACCUAAGCGCUGACUCCGACAGCCAAGACGGUAGUUCCGUCAAACGUCAUGGCCCCGGUCGAUUUUGAGCCAGCGCAGGCAGCCAGUAGGUUCCGUAGGUUGCAGCAGCUGGCCAGGCAUUACGGCCUUGACGGCAUUCUGCUGGUACCGGGCGUCGAUGGCAAGUAUGGCCGCAGCACCCAUGCCGUCGGCUACCUGCUUGAGGGGCGCAGCAACCGCGACACCCUGGACGUCAACAAGCUCGCCGACCAGCUGGAGGACGCCGUGGUGCUGGUGACGCCCGGCGAGGUGCAGAUCUACGUGCCCAGCCCCGACCUGCACCAGCGGCUGCGCGAGCUGCUACUGCCGCACCUGGCGCCGCUGCGGCUGCUGGGCCCCACGGCCGCCGAGGCCGCCGACCCAGAUGCCCUGGAGGACAACAAGCUGGGCUGCUUCGUGCACAUGCUGCGCGGCCUCAAGCGCCUCGGCAUACCCUGCGGCCUCGCCGCCGCCGCCUCCUCCUCUCCUGCUACUGCCGCUGCUGCCGCUACUGCGGCUGGGGCUGCUGCUGCCAACGGCGGCGCGCCGCGGGGCGCCCUGCCGCGCCUGGGCGCCGGCGAGCUUGUGGCGCUGGAGCGGUGGCCGCUGCUGCAGGCGUACGGGCUGGAGGGCGUGGGGCGCAGCGGCUUCUUCACCAUGAACUUCGAGGUGUACGACGUGCAGCCGGCACUGGACGCGGCGCUGUACGGCGAGCUGGACGGGCGGGCGGCGGCGGUGCUGGGCGGCGAGGGGGCGGCGGCGCUGCGGCAGCACUGGGGCGAGAUGCUGCUGGCUCUGGGCGGCAAGGCGGCGGGGCAGCGCGGCGGUCUGAGCGAGAAGCAGGUGGCGGAGCCGCUGGUGGGCUACUUCGCGUACGGCCUGUUGCGCGAGGUGCCGGGCGUGGAGCAGACGGUGGUGCUGCCGCCGCGGGUGGUGUUCGGGCCGCGCUCCUCGGACGACUCCGCGGCGCCCCAGGCCGAGCCGCUCAGCGCCUGCGGUCCCGCGCCCGGCCUGCCGCCGCUGCAUGCGGUGGUGGAGGGUGCGGAUCCGCGCAGCGGCCUCAGGGCGGCCCGCACCUGCUUCCUGUGCAGGGGCGCGGCGGAGCGGGACGUGUUCGCGGACCUGGAUGCGGAGGCGGAGGAGGGCUACAGCUUUGCUCAGGUGUUGGCGGCGGGCGGCUGGGGCGCCGCCGCGGCCGAGGUGGUUGGGCUGAUGCGCCUGUAUGCGGCGCUGGUGGAGGCGGCACGGGCGGCCAUGGCGCACUUCGCCACGGCCGACAACGCCACGGGCCUCAGCGCCAAGGCGGUGGCCCAGGAGGUGCUGGCGCGGCGGGCGGAGCAGCUGGGCGCGGCGGGGGGCUCCGGCUCCGCCUCCGGCUCCUCGCUGUCGGGGCGGCUGCGCUUCAGCCUGCUGCAGUGGGACCACGCCAACCGCGUCACGGCGCCGGCGGUGCGCGGCAGCAGGCAGCUCAAGGUGCUGCGCCUCAGCCUGCCCGACGUGGCCGCCCGCUCCACCUCCGGCCCGUACGCCGGCCAGCGGCUGGGCGGGCUCGUGUACGGAGACACCUUCAUCGACCUGCCCGCGCCUGCUACAACUGCUACAGCUGCUGCUGCUGCCGCCGCCGCUCCGCAGCUGCUGGUGCUGACGGAGGGCAUCCCCACGCUGGUGGCGGUGACGGCGGGUGGGCCCGAGGAACAGCUGGCGGGCAGGGCCCUGCGCAGCCUGGGAGCCGUGGUGGGAGGCGGCGCGGCGGCGCGCGCGGCGGGCGGUGCCGCCCCGCAGCCGCAGCAGUCGCAGUCGCAGUCGCAGCUGGCCCGGGACCAGUCGCGGCGCGCGGGCGCGGUGGCGGCGGCGGACAGCCAGGCGCUGGCGGCGCGGGUGCGGGCGCGCAACAAGGAGGCGGCGGCGGCGGAUGGCGCCACACCGCCGCCCGACAGCGAUGAGGACGACGAGGACGUCGAGGAGGACGCGGGCGGCGCUGCCGCCCACAGCGCCGCUGCGGGCGCCCCCAGCCGGCCGCCGCCCGAGGAGGCUCUGGGCCGGCUGCUGACGCUGGGCGGCGGCGACGACGCAGUGCUGCUCACCGGCGCUCCCGCCUGCCCCGCGCUGGCGGGCACGCUGUACUGCUUCACCGCGGGGCUGGUGUUCGUGGAGGCCACCAGCAGGGCCGUGUGGACCCUGGACCUGCGCGGCAGUAGCAGCAGCAGCAGGGCAGUAGCAGCUGCAGCCGGCGGGGCUGUAGCAGCAGCGGCCGCAGACGGCAGUAGCAGCGGUAGCGGCGGCGGCCUGCAGGCCAUCACUAUGCAGCAGCUGCCGGUGGCGGCGGCGCUGGCGCUGGGUGGCGGCGGCGGCGGGGGCGAGGUGGGCGGCGGCUCGGGUCUGUCCGGCACGUCGCUGGGCGAGGCGGUGGUGUUCCGCGGCAGUGGCCCCGCGUGCGGCCUGGCUCCGGCGGCACACCUCACCGUCAACACACACCUGGCGCUGGCGCUGGCGGCCAUGUCGCCGGCCGCCCGGCGCUUCAUCAUCACCACUGUGCUGCCGGCGUGGCAGCAGACGUGCCGCGAGGCCGCCGCCGCCGCCGCGGAGGGGGGUGGCGGCCCGGACGGCGGCGCUGCCAGCUACCUGAAGGACAUGGACGCACCCAACCCCUUCCCCGCGGCACUGCACGUGGAGCACGCCUUCGCCAUCCGGUCCUCGGCCGCGGGUGGCGCCGCCAAGUCCUGGCCGGCCCUGGUGGCGGCGGACGCGCAGGUGGAGGCGGCGCUGGGCGCACUGGAUGACAGCGAGCUGCGCGGCCACCUCAACGGCACGCACCCUCACGUGGAGGCGCUGCUGCUACAGCCGCCCCCGCCCGCGGCCGCGGCUGCUACUGCCGCCGAGCCGCCCAUCGGGCUGGCCCUGGUGGUCGGCCUGCCGGGGGCGGACCAGGCGCCGGUGGCGGCGGCCCUGGCGGCCAUGCUGAGUGGAGCCGCCGAGGGCAGUGCGGGUGGCGGCGCCGCCGCUGCGGCGUCUGCGCGCGUGGCGCUGCUGCCGGCGUCUGCGGGGCCGCUCACAGCCGCGGACUUUGCGACGGCCCUGUCUGCUGCCAUGCAGCACCGCCGCACGGGCCACAGCCACCUGUCCGCACAGCCGCCGCUGCAGCACUUGGUCAUUGCUACAGCCUCGCACGUGGGCCUGCCCGAGCAGCUGGCCAUGCUCGCCGCAGCCAUGCUCGGCGGCAGUAGCAGCAGCACCGGCGCGGCUGCUACUGCCAGUGCAGCAGCCGGCCUGGCGGCAUGGAAGCUGCACUCGGUGGUGGUGUGUGUCGCGGGUGAGACGCUUGAGGAGGAGCCGGCGCGCUCGGCCCUGGCGGCGGGGGCGCUGUCGCAACUGGCGCCCGGGUACGUGGACGUGGCGGUGGUGGGAGGCGUGGAUGCAGCGCGCGCGGCGGCGGCGGCGGCGCUGGUGGCGGCUCGCCUGCCGGGCGUGCCCACGGUGCGCUCAGGCCGGCCGCAGCUGCUGCUGGGGCGGGAGGUGCUACUGCCGCCGCCAGCAGAGCGGCUGGCGAGGCGCGGCGCGCCGGGCGCUGCGGCGGCGCGGCGGUGGGCCCCGCUGGCGGCGGCGACUGGCGCGGCGGGUGGCGGUGCCGGUGGCCUGCUGGGUCCGCUGCGGGCGGUGCGGGUGGCGUUUGAGGGGCCCUUGGACGUCGCCAAGCUCAAGCAAGAGCUGCGCGGGCUGGGCAUCCCGCAGGACGCCGCCGCCGCGCCCGCCCUGCCGCUGGCCGACGCCGCCGUCGACAGCGCCGCCGCCGUGCCCGGCCUGGUGGCCGUGACCGGCUGCGUGCGGCUGCCGCCGCCCCCCGCCCCCGCCAACGGCACCACCACCACCACCGCCCCCGCCAGCGGCACCGGCGGCGUGUGGGAGCUGCUUGGCAGCCGCGGCGCCGUCCUGCGCAGCCGCGAGUGGGCGCUGGGCGGCGGCGGCAGUGCUGGACACGGCGUUGUGGUGGGCAGCCCGCAGCUGCCUCAGUCGGAGGCGGGCGGUGAGCUUACCUUCAUAGGUACCGGCUCCGCAGUGGAGGAGGCUGCGCUGCGGCGGCUACUGGGCCGCUGCGCCGGAGGCGCCACGGCGCCGGCUGCAGCUGCAGCUGCAGCUGCUGCGGCACCUGCCGCCUCAGCCGCAGCCGCCCCCGGCGAGGUGCCUAGCUGUGCGGCGGACGUGACGGCGGAGCAGCGCGCCUCCAUCCGGGCCGCGCGCGCCUGGGAGCCGCUGCCUCCCGGCUACUGCUACAACGGCAGCCAGUACUUUGACGCGUUCGGGGACGCCUCCCUGGAGCACCCGGACAUGGACAGGUUCGUUGAGGAGUGGAUUGCGGAGCAGCAGGCGAAAGCGGCGGAGGCAACGGCGGCGGCAUGCGAGCGGGCGGCGGCGAUAGCGGUCGUGCGUGUGGAGGGGCCGGUGCGGCUGUAGCUGGGUGGAGGGAGGGGUGGACGCAGCGUGGCUGUAGUUGCUGUUGCCACAUGUGGUGGUCGGAGGUGGCUACCUUCUGUGACUCGGGUUGACUUGCUUACUAAUAGCCUUCGGGGCCACACCUGCUGUCAGCAGCAAGACCAAUAACUGGACGUGCCGCUGAUCAUGUGGGUUACUUGGUGGGUACAUACUUGCACAUACAGGCGACCCCAUUCAUGGCGUGCGCUUUACUUGCUGAUCUCUAAGUGACGGCCCGCGUGCGUGCGUGCGCGCGUGCGCGCUGCGCGUGCGGCGUGCGUGUGUGCUUGUGUGCGUGCGUGUGGGACCUGGGUGCUGCGCUCCAACCCGGAAUGCACGCCCGGGGCGUCUGGAAGUGCUACGUGUGUUGGUGCGGUGUAACUGUGUAUACCAUCAUGUAGCCUCGCAUGUGUGGGGGCCGAAGACUCCAACCAAAGACUGGUCAUGACUCAAGACUGGACAUUCACACACGGCUGUUGACGUUUUGGAUCCAAGGAUUGAAAUCCUCAGUUGUGCACACGCGUACCCGGUAUGUGCUGGACAUGAUACGGUAUGGAAAGCCCAACUGUGGGCUGCAGCAGGUGACGCCCUUUCUGGUGCCACCGAGACUAAGCAGCUCAGAUUGAAACCGUGCCCCGCCGGUCCUCAGCGUUCGACGGCCUGUCCGCCAUGAGGUCAUGCGGUGGCGCGGACUACCCGCAUGCGCUGGCUCUUGGCAUCCGGGGCGAUGAGCGGAUCCGUAGAUAAUAU